UCAGGCCAAUCUGUCUGAGCCUUUAGAUGUUUAAUUUUCUGUUAUUUUAUAUUGCAUAAUCUUUGAAGUGUGGGCUUUAAAUUCCCAUGUAAAAACAUUGCCGACUUGUUCGGCCUAUUUUCCUUUUCGGUUUGUCAAAUUUUUCCUUUUUAAUACCGUCAGAGUGUUUCCUUACGACCAAAAAGGGAAAUUGACGAGCCAGACUCGAGAAAUUUGUAUGUUUUCCAUUUUGCACGAAAUUUGGAAAUAUUGAAAGGUUCCACCUUUCGAUAUAAAUCAGCCGGGAUUGUCUCCAAAUUGGACAGCGAACCAAGAGUUUUGGAUCGAAGCAAUGUCGAGCUCUAGUAGUAGCGUGGAAUCCCCGCUAGUCGGGAACGAUGUCCCGACGUUCUCGAAUACCGAAGCAAUCGAAAGAGGGAUGGCCUACUACCCGAACAUCCGAGCUCCUUGGAUGCUGAUGUUCCGCGUUAAGCCGGAAGAAAGGCGCGAUCUGGAAGAAUGUCUCCAUGAGAUAGAAGACCGCCAUACGGAGUAUCGUGAUCGUCUUGCUGCAUCAGAGCAAGUGCAACGUGAACUUCUACUCAAACUUGAGAUGCUUGAAUCCCACCCAAAAGAUUGGAUCGAGAAUGGGUUCGACAGAAUAGCAGCUUUGCCACCAUGUCUCAUUGCGUACUGCAACGAAUGCCGAAGGGAAUCAGAUCGGAAACCGACGCACGUGGACCCUGCCCUGAUUGGCGACUUCAUUCCAGGCAACGUCAAGCCGUUUUACAUUAACAAGCGUUCUAACGAUGCCGAACUUGCUGAGGCUGAAACCUUUUUUCGUCAGAUUGAAGGCGCGCAUCAAGAAUUGAGUCAAGAUCUUCAAUACUUUCAUAUGAAAAGAAACAGGAUUGACCGCCAACUGAAGACGCUGGAAUCCAAAAUUGCCAUACUCAAGGCAAAAAGGAAGAGGACUACCGACUUGCUCGAUGAAUCCGAACAGAAGGCCAGGGCAUUGGAGACUCGCCCCGAGGAUUGGGAGAAGACUGGGUUGCAAUUAGUGUGGCCGAUGCCGAAACGACUCAAGACGAGUGUUCGUGAGAUAGCCGCGAAUAGCGCAUUAGUUCGGAAUUAAGAUGUUUUGUUUGAUCAUUCAAUAAGAUUUAACCGCAUUGUAGCGGGCGAACUUGAACUCUCCUUUGGAAAUCAAAAGAAAACUUUAGUGCAAUAAAA